CACCAUUCGAGGCUUAUCAUGUACAUCACACACAGUUCAAAGAUAUCCAGACAUUCUCAGCACUCAUUCUUUUCUGCCCGCUAAUAGCUCAUAGUGGCCAGGAUAGCAUCCGAGUAGACAAUUAGACAGUGUCAGACCAUCAAAAACGACCUCACAAUGACCGACCAUCUCCCUGCCCUCCCUGCCGAGUACGCCCGAGGCCUUGAGCUCAUCGACGCUGCUCAUGCCCAAGACUCAAGGACAGUCGAAGCCCCUGAUGGAACUACGAUCCCAUUCGAGCUCAACUACGCCCAAAAGAUGACCAAGUGGCUCGCCCGUCGAUGCCCUGACGCCAGCCCCGUUCUCCAGCUCGCCUGUCGAGCACAACACUUCCGAAGAUGGGAGAUCCCUCGAAGCAGCUACCCAAUGACUCGUCCCGGCUACUUGACUUGGAGAGCAAAGCUCAAGGCUCAAGCCGCCGCUCAAGUUGCUGAGCUCCUCGCUUCUCCAGAGAUUCAACCCCCCAUCCCCGAGGAGGACCGCGCUCGAGUGGCUGCCCUGAUCCGCAAGGAGAACCUCAAGGCAGAUGAAGAGACACAGGUUCUUGAGGACACAGCAUGCCUAGUCUUUCUCGACGACCAAUUCGAUGACUUUGAGAAGAAGUCAGAUCUGGACGAGGCAAAGAUGAUAGGCAUCCUUCAGAAGACAUGGGGCAAGAUGGGAGAAAGGGGGCGGGAGCUAGCCCUCGAGAUGAACCACAGCGAUCGAGCCAAGGAGCUGAUAGGAAAGGCACUUGCUGGCUGAAAGAGUACAGUAAAGUACACUACAGUACACUACAGUACAAUACACUUCGGACAUGCACCUUGGCAGUUUACUCACUCGAGUUUGCCGAGACAAGACUUACGUACUAGCAUAUUUGGGACAGGCUACAUGUACUGUAUAUCCAGUUCGAGAUGUGACAGGCUUGCCAAGGAUCUAAAGAGAACCCGCAGUACUGCAUCCUCGGGAGAAGCCCAGUGACUCCUGUCACGAUCCUGCACGAACGAGAUCAAGCACACGAGCGGCGCAGAGACUUGCCAAGAUCCACUAGAUCCACGACGCACAGUAUCCGUACAAUUCCUAGAGCAUCAUAUCCCACCCUCCUUGCAUCGCAUUGGUUCAAGGGGGAGCCGAGCCUCACAUUGGUUCCGGAGUAUAUGUAUGUAUUGUAU